CCUCAUGAAUCAUUUUUAUUAUGUUUACAGGUUGCAUAUUUGACGUGCGUCGGCUCCACGUAUGAAGCUCUUCAAUGAGGUUCAGAGGGAACACUGUAUUUCCAAGCAUCCAUGUCUCCACAUGUCUCUACCGACACCAGGUGUCCGGCCCGGUCCAGUGGAUCCUCCACAGGAGUUACUGCACCCAGCAGCAAAGUCCCAAAGAUGAGCCCAAUAAAGUUACAUCCGUUAAAGAGCGCACAGCAUCUGCGUUUACGUACGCAGGAGAGCUGGGAAGGCAGUGGGGGCGAAAUGCGAUGAAAACCACAACAGUGAGCGUGAACUACUGGUGGGAGAGAUAUGAGGAGUUUGUCGGGCUUAAUGAAGUCCGAGAUGCUCAGUCCAAUGUCACUGAGGCUGAAAAGGCCUUCAUGGUCGCCAGAGGAAUCGUCAGAGAAGCUCACGCCAGCCUGGAGGCUCUUCAGGUUCGGCUGAAGGAAGUGAGGGACCGUUUGGACCGCGUGUCUCGUGAAGAGGCACAUUACUUAGAGUUAGCCACACUGGAACAUAAGUUACUGCAGGAAGAACGGCGUCUCCGAACGGCCUAUGAGAACGCAGAAGGCGGCGAGCGAGAGAAGUUUGCGCUCUUCUCUGCUGCCGUGCGAGGGAGCCACGGGAAAGAGAGGACCAGGGCCGAACGUACCAAAAACUGGUCCAUUAUUGGUUCGGUGUUGGGCGCCGUCAUUGGGGUAAUGGGCUCCACUUAUAUAAACCGGGUACGUUUGCAGGAACUCAAGAGCUUGUUGCUGGAGGCCCAGAAGGGACCGGUGAGUCUUCAAGAAGCCAUCAGGGUCCAAGCCAGCAUGCACAAAAUGCAACAAUCUGAACUCAGCAACCUCAUCGACUCACUCAGGAUGGCUUUGAAAGGCAGCGUAAAAGAUGUGAAAGCCGCCAAACCAGCGUUUGUUCCGCCAGCAGCCGCCGUCGUCCCAACUUCUGCAUCCAGUGCUUCAGAAGAAGCGAUUCAAGAGAUUCUCCAACACAGCCAAAGAGCCCAAGGGCUCAUUGAAAGCCUUAAACCGCAGCUGGAGCAUCUGGAGGAGAACGUGGGGAAGGUUGAGACCGAGCUAGACUACCGUGCCAUCCCAGAACUGGACCGUUAUGAAGCUGAAGGUCUGGAUGAGGAUGAAGACUUCAGUGAACUCUCUCCCGGCGCUCGGGCGGAAGCAGAAGCGGCCAUGAGACGGCGCGACAGAGAACAGGGCCUUGGUAUGGGCCGCAUCGGACGUGGGCUGCUUUACG